UUUCUCUUUAGGUGCGUUAGGGUUUCUGGGGCAGGGCAGAUCGCCCGUAUUUUUCGAAGAUCACAAUGGUUGAGAAUGGCAAGAGCCGCAGAGAAGAGGUCGUGACCAGGGAGUACACCAUUAAUCUACACAAGCGUCUUCAUGGCUUUACUUCUAAGAAAAUGGCCCCAAAGGCCGUUAAGGAAAUCAAGAAGUUUGCCCAGAAGGCUAUGGGAACAACUGAUGUGAGAGUUGAUGUGAAGUUGAACAAGGCCGUGUGGAGCAGGGGUAUUAGGAGCGUACCGAGGAGAGUUAGGGUUCGAAUCUCCAGGAAGCGCAAGCUUGAGGAGGAUGCCAAGGAGGAGUUGUAUUCGCUUGUUACUGUAGCAGAGGUGCCUCCAGAGGGACUGAGGGGUUUGGGGACUAAAGUUAUUGAGGAGGAGGACUGAUCUUUGUAUAACACGAGAUAUUUUAAUGUUUUGGGAAAGUUUGUUUUUCCAGUUCUAUAGGAGUAUUUAAUAUCUUGGAAUACUGAGUUUUGUAGGAU